UUAGUAAUUACCGGUAUUCACACCACAACACACACUCAUUGCCAUAAUCAUCUUCUCUCUCUAGAAACAACACUCACGGGACUACGUUCACAUCCUUUCUCUCUCUACUUUUGUCUCUCAAACACUGAAAUUUACUGAUUUCUGCUUUUGGUUGGGUGUUGUUCCAGUUCCAUGGCGGAAUCAACCAAGUAUAUGCCCGUUAAUGGAGGAGCUGUGGUGUCGGAUUUCAAGUUUACGAAGAUAUUCUCUUUUAAAACCAAAAGGACUAGGGCUUUUGCUUAUGUAUUUAUGGCUGUAUUUGUUGUUCUUACUGUUUUUCUGGCUUUUAAUCCUUCAUCUAAUCCUUCUUCUCCAUGGUUCUCGAAUAUCUUCAGUGGUUCAAGCUUUGGGAUCUCUAGUAGUAGGAGUAGUGGUAGUACAAAUUUGCAACCCAAUGGUACAGCUAGUUCUUCUGAUGGUGGUAUUAGAUCCCAAUUCUCUUCCAUUUAUUCUUUUCCUUUUCAAUUCAAAUUCUACACAAUCAAAUCAGAAUUCCACGGUUUCUACAUCCAGUUCGAAUGCUACUGUUGCUGGAUCUAGAAGUGCAAAUAGUGAAGCACCGACAGUGAAUAAUCAUCCACCGAUUGCUCCAAAUCAGACACGAACUGGAGGUGUUCGUGAUAAGUUUGAAUCUAUGAAGACGAAUCAGACAACGAUUAGGACUCCUCCGUCUCAAUCUGUUUCAAAUCAGACUACGCAAACAAAACCAAAACAGUCUUCGGAAACCCUCAAAAAUGCUACCCAAAGUGGAGCGAAAUCUAGUUCGGGGAUCCCAAAAUCGAUGCCGGAAAACAGUAACGGAAGUGCGAAUUCCACUUCUUCUGUAGUGAAUAAAGGAGGGAAUAAUGGAACGAAUACAGGAAGGUUAGCGAAGCCGGGGAUUGAGGAUUUGGUGAAGAAUUUGUCAAACUGUAACCUGUUUGAUGGGAAUUGGGUGAGAGAUGAAUCAUAUCCAUUGUACAAACCGGGUUCAUGUUCAUUGAUCGAUGAGCAAUUUAACUGUUUCGUAAAUGGCAGGCCUGAUAAAGGAUUUCAGAUGCUUAAAUGGAAGCCUAAAGCUUGCACGUUACCCAGGUUAGAUGGAAGCCGAAUGUUGCAGCUAUUGAGAGGAAAACGAUUAGUUUUUGUUGGCGAUUCAUUGAACAGAAACAUGUGGGAAUCAUUGAUAUGUAUUCUAAGAAACUCCAUUAAAGAUCAAACAAAAGUUUACGAAGCUUCAGGAAGACACCAUUUUAGAUCAGAACCUUCUUAUUCGUUUGUAUUCAAGGAUUAUGAUUGUACAGUCGAAUUCUUUGUGGCUCCAUUCAUUGUUAGAGAAUCCGAAACAAAAGACAAAAAUGGAGCAAAAAAGGAAACCCUACGCCUCGAUUUAAUUGGUACUUCUGCAGAUCAAUACAAAAACGCCGACAUUGUUGUUUUCAACACCGGUCAUUGGUGGACUCAUGAAAAAACCGCAAAAGGGAAAGAUUAUUAUCAAGAAGGCAGCCAUGUCUAUGGUGAACUCAAUGUUCUAGAAGCAUUUCGUAAAGCCAUGACAACAUGGGGAAGAUGGGUUGAUGCCAAUAUAAACCGUAGCAAAUCUUUAGUCUUUUUCCGUGGUUAUUCUGCUUCUCAUUUCAGAGGAGGGCAGUGGAAUUAUAGGACAAUGAUGUGA